AUGUGGGAGCUGCACCGUAACUCAUCUCCCUCCAGCUGGGAGCUGAAUUCGGAGUGUGGAGGCACCUGCGAGCUGCGUGCCAGCAAAGGACAAGUCAGCCUGGAGCCACACGCCCCUGGCACGGACCAUGUCGGCAGUGCUGCUGAAAGCCCCUUGCCAGCCACAGAGCCCAGGCGGGAGGAGAAGGCCGCCGACAGCAGCCCCGAGGAGGACCAAGAUGGCGGCACCGCCAACACCUCCUUGCCCGGCACUGCUGAGGAGGGACAUGGUGAGGGGGAGGAAGAGCCAGCGGGUGGCCUGAGAGGGGACCCGGGGCCAGGGGAUGGCCAGCCAGAGGAGACCAACAAGGAGAAGGGCCAGGAGGGGCCUGACAAGGCACAGGGCUCAGGGAAGGACACGAUGUUGGGUGCCCCUGAGGCAGCACAUGAUGAAGGGAACCACCAGCCUGGCCCACAAGAUGGCUCCCAUGCCCAGGAGGAUGAGGAGCCUGGUGCCAAGAAAGUAGCCUCUGAGGAGCAAGGGCAGCCUGAGGAAGAGAAAAUGAAAGAGCCAAGAGCAGUGUCUGCUCCCAAGGGGGGAAAGGAAGGGGGUGAGCAGAGCUCAGAGGAAGAUGAUGAGCAGGGGGAGUCUGAGGAAGAUGAACAUGCGGAGUCUGAGGAAGAUGGAGGACAGGGAGAGUCUGAUGAGGAGGGAGAGUCUAAGGAGGAGGAAGAGUCUGAGGAAGAUGGUGCUGGGCCAGUGGAGCCAGAGGACAGAACUGAAGGGAGCAACAAGGAAGCAGCUGGAGCUUCUGGGAAAAAUAGCCAUGGCAAACCAGCAGCUGCUGGCAAAGGAGAAGCUGAGGAUGGCCCUGCCAGCUGCCAUCAUCCAUCCUGCAACAAUACAGCAGAAGAACCCACAGCAGUGGCGGAAAACCCACCAGCAGCAAAAGACCCCCCUGCAGUGGUGGAAAACCCACCAGCAGCAGAAGACCCGCCGGCAGACAAGCCAUCACUGGCAGAGACUGAAAGCCCGCCUGGCCACAGCGCCCACCCUGCUGCCAAGCCCCAGCACAGCCAGAUAGAGGCCUCCAGACCCCUGUCUCAGUGCAAGGGUAGGAUACUGCCCAGGCUGGUGGGUCUCCUGUCCACCACUACCUUCAGUAACGGCUCUCCUUGCCUCUUUCCUCCAGAAGAGGUUGAAGAUGCCAGCGAGCCGACCAAGCGCGACCGGUCCCACUUGGAGAGCACCCUCAAGCUGAACGAGGACAAACCUGCCGAUGAUUUCUCAGGAGUACUGCAGCGGCUGAGGAAGAUCUACCACUCCUCCAUCAAGCCCCUGGAGCAGUCCUACAGAUACAACGAGCUGAGGCAGCAUGAGAUCACAGAUGGGGAGAUCACUUCCAAGCCAAUGGUGCUAUUCCUGGGACCGUGGAGCGUCGGCAAAUCCUCCAUGAUAAACUACCUCCUCGGGCUGGAUGACACUCCCUACCAGCUCUACACAGGGGCAGAACCCACCACCUCCGAAUUCACUGUCAUCAUGCAUGGCCCCAAGCUGAAGACCAUUGAGGGCAUCGUGAUGGCUGCUGACAGUGCCCGCUCCUUCUCGCCCCUGGAGAAGUUUGGGCAGAACUUCUUGGAGAAGCUGAUAGGGAUCGAGGUGCCUCACAAACUGCUGGAGCGCGUCACCUUCGUGGACACGCCGGGCAUCAUUGAAAACCGCAAGCAGCAAGAACGAGGUUAUCCGUUCAAUGACGUGUGCCAGUGGUUCAUCGACAGAGCUGAUCUCAUCUUUGUGGUCUUUGACCCUACGAAGCUGGACGUGGGCUUGGAGCUGGAGAUGCUGUUUCGCCAGCUGAAGGGCCGUGAGUCUCAGAUCCGAAUAAUCUUGAACAAAGCUGACAGCCUGGCUACCCAGGAGCUCAUGAGAGUCUACGGUGCCUUAUUCUGGAGCCUGGCUCCUCUCAUCAAUGUCACGGAGCCACCCAGGGUGUACGUUAGCUCCUUCUGGCCCCACGAGUACCAUCCAGAUACCCACAAAGAGCUGUUCCUCAAAGAAGAGAUAUCGCUCCUGGAAGAUCUCAACCAGGUGAUUGAGAACAGGAUGGAAAAUAAGAUCGCCUUCAUACGCCAGCAUGCCAUCCGGGUGCGCAUCCACGCCCUUUUGGUCGAUCGCUAUCUACAGACUUACAAGGACAAAAUGACCUUCUUUAGCGAUGGAGAACUGGUGUUCAGGGACAUUGUGGAAGAUCCUGACAAGUUCUUUAUUUUUAAGUCCAUUCUGGCAAAGACCAAUGUCAGCAAAUUUGACCUCCCCAACCGUGAGGCUUACAAGGACUUCUUUGGCAUCAACCCCAUCACCAGUUUUAAGCUGCUGUCUCAGCAGUGUUCCUACAUGGGAGGGUGUUUCCUUGAGAAGAUUGAGAAGGCCAUCACUCGCGAGCUUCCUGAUCUCUUGGGUAGCAUCGGCUUGGGGAAGAAGCCCAAUGUUCUUUCCUGCGACAUCACUGGCUGUGGCGAAACCCCAAAGAAUCGCUACAGGAAACCCUAAGGUGUUUUGUAAGUAACCGUCCACGUGUUCCUACCAGUGAGUGAGCUGAUGUCUUAUCCGUCCAAGAAGCCAUGGUUGUUAACCCUUGGAGUGCCACACUGGCAAAGGCUACUGUACGAUGAGGACUUUGAGUCAUUGACAUCGAUGGCAGGGGAAGAUGGGUGGGCAUAAGAAAGAGAAUAAAAACUGUGAAU